AUGGUGAAGUGUUCAAUUCAUAUUGCUGCUGUCGUAUUCACCACUUUAGCUGCUGUCAUUGCUAAGUUUCUUCCAGGUGUCAACUCGACGCAUUGGUGUAGGUGCUUAUCAACGUUCAAAGGUGAUCGCUGUGAAAAGCCGUCUUGCGAAAAAGUAUGUCUAAACGACGGCGUUUGCACUUCACACGAGAAUGCCACCUACAGUUGUCAUUGUCAGUUGGGGACCACUGGAGAGUACUGCGAACACUUCCUCAGCAGCAUAUGCCAAAGUGGCACUCCAUGUCAUAACCACGGAAAGUGCGUCUUGACUCAAAAUCUAAACGAGUUUAAAUGUCAAUGCAAUGAUGGUUGGAUAGUUCGAAGUGUACCGACGAAUGAUCUGACUAAUUUCUUUGAAGGUGCGACAUGUAACGAGAGGGAUCCGUGUCCUCCUGAAUAUUGUAGCAAUGGCGGCAGAUGUUAUCGUAAUGGAUCAGAGUUUGCAUGCUCCUGUUCGUCUGGAUUUCACGGGAAACAUUGUGAAUUGGACAUAGACGAAUGCAACAUGUUCCCAUGUGCCUUCGGCAAAUGCGUAAACAUGAUAGGAUCGUAUCGAUGUGAAUGUGACGCCGGAUUCAUAGGGAAGGACUGCCAAGUCUAUCGUAGUGGUUUCGAGUGCACAGCAACUGGUCCAAAUGCAUGUCGCAAUGGUGGUGUUUGUGUUUCUGAGGACAACAACAAUACAUGCGUUUGUCCACCAAUGUAUCAUGGACUGUACUGCGAGAAAGACGUUGACGAAUGCUCUAUCUCGAACCCGUGCGAAAACGCCGGCACAUGUGUUAACAUCGAUGGUGGAUUUCAGUGCCUCUGCACUGCAGCAUUCGAAGGAGAACUGUGUAACAUCAACAAAGAUGACUGUAAGCAUCACAAAUGUGAGUCAGGAGCUACUUGCGUAGAUCUCACUGGAUCUUAUCGUUGUGAAUGUCCACAUGGUAAAAUCGGAUUUUUUUGUCAAUUCAAUGACCCGUGUCUUUCAAUGCCAUGUCUUAACGGUAGAUGUAUAGGCGAUUCAGUUACUGGAAACUUCACGUGUGCUUGUGGUCGCGGAUAUACGGGAGCGUUGUGUGACAAGGAUAUAGAUGAGUGCGCCGAAUGGGGUAACGCUCUAUGCUACAAUGGAGCGACAUGUGUGAAUAUUGCGGGAACGUAUACCUGCGAAUGCCCACCGGGAGUAACAGGCCCAUCGUGUGAUACACUGAUGGAGAUGUGUGAUCCAAACCCUUGUGAAAACGGGGGCUUGUGCGUCGACCGACUCAACCACUUCGAGUGUUCUUGUGCGGAAGGUUUUAGCGGACCAACAUGCGCUGAAAAGUGUCCUGAGAGCAACUGGUGCUCAUGUUCAGCAAAUACCUGUCUAAACGGUGGUCAUUGCAGAGAUAACGGUUGUAACUGUCCAGUGGGGUUCACAGGCAAAUUUUGCGAGAAGAAGCUAAGUCCAUGCGAUAUGAUAAAUUGUCCCGCCGGGCAUGUUUGCGUUGAAAACAACAGAACUAGUUCGGUAAGUUGUGAAUGUCCUGUUGGAUUUACUGGAUUCGAUUGUCGACAUGAAAUUGACGAAUGCACUGCGAAUCCCUGUCAACAUGGCGGCAUCUGUUCUGACAGAUUAAAUGGCUACCAUUGUAGCUGUCCAGUCGGUUAUAAAGGAAGAAACUGCGAAAAGAUUGUUGACCAUUGCGCAAGUAAUCCGUGCCUAAACAAUGGUCUCUGUAUCAAUGCAGCACGAGGAAGUAUUUGUCAUUGUACACCGGCAUUUUUUGGGGAGCAAUGCCAAUUUAAGAGGAAGCCGUGCUCUCGAAAUCGUUGUGACAACGGAGCCAUCUGCCGUCCAACGGCCAAUUAUCGAAGUUAUACGUGCGAAUGCAGACAGGGAUUCGAAGGAGAUUAUUGUGAAGUGGAUAUCGAUGAAUGCAAUGAGCAGCCUUGUAGCAACGGUGGAACUUGCCAUAACACACACGGAGGCUUUAAUUGCAUUUGUUCUGAAGGCUAUACUGGUCAGAAUUGUACGGAAAACAUCGAUGACUGUGCUCGAAGUCCAUGCCUCAACAAUAGCACAUGCAUUGAUGAACUGGCGAAUUUUCGCUGCAUCUGUCUUCCAGGAUUUACUGGAAGAACCUGUGGUGUAGAUAUCGGCAAGCUAAUGUUGACAUAUGAUACGCUAGCUCAUCAUUUAUCCAAUUUCUUUGCAGACGACUGUGCAGUGAAUCCUUGUCUGAACGGUGCCACAUGUGUGGAUGGAACUAAUCGUUACGAAUGCUUGUGCAAAAGUGGUUUUAGUGGCCGGGAUUGCCAUAUCAACGAUGACGACUGUAGACCAGGGCUGUGUCUAAACGGUGGAAGAUGUAUCGAUUUCGUCGACGACUACAAGUGCGAAUGUCCUCGUGGAUACACUGGACAAAAUUGUCAAAUUUUUGUUAAUGUUGACAAAUUUAACGACACGGAUAGAUUGGAACGCAAUCAAUGCGCUCUUUCCGAGUGUCAUUUGAAAGCCGGAGACGGAAAAUGUGAUGUUGAGUGCAAUUUUUAUGCAUGUGAUUUUGACAGCGGAGACUGCUCUGCCAGAGGCCAGCCAUUUACCAGAUGCGACUCUCCCAGCUACUGUGCUCACGUAUUCAAAGAUGGACGCUGUGACCCAAUUUGUAACAACGAGGCGUGUCUGUUUGACGGCUUCGACUGCGUUCCGUUAACACCGCGGUGUCCUCCACAAAUAAUCGACUAUUGUCGUUCCCACUAUGGCGAUGGUAUUUGCGACCAUCAAUGUGAUUUGCCCGGAUGUGCUUUCGAUGGGGGAGACUGUGCCACGAAGAAGCCGGUCACUCUAUCUGGAGACAUAUCGAUAGUCAUUCUCACAAGCCCAAAUCAGUUUGUGAAACACGUCGAUGCAUUUCUCUUGACUCUUAGUCAGAAACUUCGUGCAUCAGUCCGAAUCAAGAGUGACGAGGAGGGUCCACUUCAUUUGUCGGUCCAGUAUGGAGGUGAAUUCCGGCCGAAACGUUCCUCUUCGAGUGUCGGCGUGCUUGUCUGGAUCGAAGUGGACGUUUCCGGUUGUCACAGCGAUUGCUUCAGCAACGUAGAUACCGUUGCAAAUUAUCUGGGUGCUGCAAAUGCCAAAAAGGACUUGACUGAAUUGGGAAUGCCGAUCUACGAAGCCGUAGCUCGCCGUCGAGACACUUCAAAAGUGGUGCCAAAUUCCGACCGAUAUUGGGCUUUCAUAAUUGGUUGCUUUGCAAUUCUUAUCAUUAUCGCCAGCGUAUUUGUGCUACAGCAAAGGACUCGAAAGCGCCGAACCAUCAAAGCACCUUGCUGGAUUCCACCGACUGAGGCACAGAGUAACUUUAUUACAGCGACUUUUAUAAAAUUUAUAAACGACGUUGGUCGAACAAUUAUUUGCUGGCUACUGAUGUACACUUUGCCAGUACUGAAAAUAAUUCCUAUCAAUGUACAGAUAAACUUGCCUCCUUGUCACAAAGUGAGCAAAUGCUGCGAGCCGGUUUCUAUUCUGAUCACCUAUUUGGCUCAAAAAGACCGCGUCUGGAAAACCUCAAUUUCUAUGAUUCGGACCCAUUCAACUCUUCAUUGCAUUCUCAAAAGUAAGUACUCUUUUUCAUCGUUUUCAACCUUUAAAUUUAUAAUAUUUAGAGGGGUAUAUUUCAGAGUUGCGAUGAAAACCACGAAGAAGGUUCAUCCUCCUGCGACACUUCUACACGAGCAGGCUUCGUCAAACCUUCCCAUUGAAGUAGACUCUUCCAUAGUGAAUGCACGUGGUCCUUUCGGAAGAACAGCACUGAUGAUGUUGUGUGACAACUCGGAGAAACCAGAAAGUCAACUUGUUGAAGAAGCAGCGAAAAUUUGGGCGGCUGGCGGAGACUUAAACAUGCAAGAUGAUGAUGAGGAAACGGCUUUGUUCAUUGCUGUUCGACGUGGUCGUCUAAGCUUGGCGAAAAAGUUACUUGACAUGGGUGCAGAUCCUACGAUUAUGAAUCGCAAUGAUUCCACCUGCCUUCACGAAGCAGCUGCCAACUGCAAUCUUGGUAUGGUAGAGGAGCUUCUCAAGCACAAUUCAGUAGUCAAAGAGAUCGACGUAUGUGACAACAACGAUCGUACACCUUUGAUGAGAUGCGCUGCAAACGACACGGUCGACCAUCUUGUCGCAGCUCAUUUGAUCCUUCUCGGUGCCGAUCCGUCCUUUCCAGGCGAUAAGAGUGCGCUCUCCUACAACGGACGGACGGCGCUUCACUAUGCUGCACAAGUGAACAACGUUCAGAUGAUCGAAUUUCUUAUCAGCAAAGAUGCCAACAAGGACGCCCAAGAUUUGGAGUCCACCAGAAACAAACUCCAAAUUCAGGAUCGAACGCCACUUUUCUUAGCUGCCUCUCAUGGUCACGUCGAAGCUGUUCAAGCACUUGUCAAAGCUGGCGCCUCAUUGGAGAUCACGGAUCAAAAAGAUCGAACGCCUUAUAAAGUAGCUGAGGAAAACGAAUUCCGAAACGUCUUGGAGUUUUUAGAUUCUGAAAGCAACAGAACAUGUAUUCCUUUACAUAUGGCUAUCGGAAAAAAUCCGGUAAAAAACAAUACUCGCCAGGUCAAGCGGAUUCCUGUUAAACGGAAACCACAACCAUUGACACCACCUCACUCCGAUGGAUGCGGUUCGACGCCGUCACCGCAUGCCACCAUUGGAACGACGUCCCGACCAACCGCAUCAGUUUUGGAUUCGCCAUCGAGUGACCACACAAGCAGUGGAAACGACGGGUUUUCUCCGAAUUCCAUUCCCAUGAAUCCGUCAUAUACUUCUCAAGCGUUCUCCUCGGCUUCCUAUCCCUCGUGCCAAUAUUCGAAACAACCUGCUACGAAUGCGUACUUUGCGAAUCAAUUAUAA